AUGUGGUGGAAUGUCUUUCUCACUGAGAUUUCUCUUUCAGUGCUUUGCCUGGGACAGAUAAUUAAGACUCAGGAAGGAUCUCUUCCCAGACCUUCCAUCUUAGCUGAACCAGGCCUUGUGAUACGCCAAGGGCAUUUUGUAGCUUUUGUGUGCUCAAACCCUAGUGGAUAUGAUAUAUUCCGUCUGGAGAAGAAAGGUCACAAAGUCAUGGAUAAAGAGAAUAUUGGGCCUUCAAUUACAGAGGCAAGAUUCCACCUUGGCCCAGUGAAUGAAAGCACUGCUGGGAUUUAUUGCUGUAUCUAUAAGAAAGAGCCCAAUUGGUCCCUACACAGUGAGACCCUGGAGCUGAAGGUGACCAGUGAAGAUGUUACCAAGUCUCCUAACCCAGGUUCAGCAGAGACCCCAGUCUUUACCCUUCAGAUUUACACGGUGUGGAACGGUACCCGCAUGGCCCUUGCUGGAGUAAUCUUGUUUGUCCUGGGAAUAAUCAUUGGAGAAUAUUGGCACAAGGAAUGA